UUCGAUUUGCCUCACUUGCAAGCUUCUCCUUCUUCUUCCUUCAACACUCUCUCCAUUUAAUUAACCAUGGCCUCCGCCGUGACCUGCUCAGCCGCCGAGCUCCUCCCUCAUCUCGGCGGCUCAGCAAAUGCCACAGCGGCCGCAGAAUUUAUCUGCGGCCGCUUCACAGCAGUCUCAGAGUACCUCACAGACACCACCUACGCGGUGGACACCACUUACCUCCUCUUCUCAGCAUACCUCGUCUUUGCCAUGCAGUUAGGGUUUGCCAUGCUUUGCGCGGGCUCUGUCCGCGCAAAGAACACUAUGAAUAUAAUGCUUACGAAUGUGCUUGAUGCUGCUGCUGGCGGCUUGUCUUAUUACCUAUUUGGUUUUGCGUUUGCCUUUGGAGCUCCCUCUAAUGGUUUCAUUGGCAAACAUUUCUUUGGAUUGAAGGAGUUUCCUUCAAAAGCUUUUGACUAUAGCUACUUUCUUUAUCAAUGGGCGUUCGCCAUAGCUGCUGCAGGUAUCACGAGUGGGUCCAUAGCUGAAAGGACACAAUUUGUGGCAUACCUAAUAUACUCUUCUUUUUUGACCGGUUUUGUGUAUCCUAUUGUAUCACAUUGGUUUUGGUCUGGUGAUGGUUGGGCUAGUGCAUCAAAAACCGAUGGUAACUUAUUAUUCGGUUCAGGAGCUAUUGAUUUUGCCGGUUCAGGUGUUGUUCAUAUGGUUGGUGGCAUUGCUGGUCUAUGGGGAGCUUUUAUUGAAGGACCAAGAAUUGGCCGGUUCGAUCGAACCGGCCGGUCUGUUGCAUUAAGAGGUCAUAGUGCAUCACUAGUAGUAUUAGGUACUUUCUUGCUUUGGUUUGGUUGGUAUGGGUUUAAUCCUGGUUCAUUUUUGACCAUAUUGAAGUCUUAUGAUAAUAGUACAAGGGGUACUUAUUAUGGUCAAUGGAGUGCAAUUGGAAGGACAGCUGUCACAACCACAUUGGCUGGUUGUACAGCUGCACUUACAACAUUAUUUGGUAAGAGACUUUUAGUUGGUCAUUGGAAUGUUGUUGAUGUUUGUAAUGGUUUAUUAGGGGGAUUUGCAGCAAUUACUUCAGGUUGUGCUGUUGUUGAACCAUGGGCUGCUAUUGUUUGUGGAUUUAUAGCAGCAUGGGUUCUAAUUGGUUUUAAUAAAUUAGCAGUGAAAUUGAAAUAUGAUGAUCCAUUAGAAGCAGCACAGCUUCAUGGUGGUUGUGGUUCAUGGGGCUUAAUAUUCACUGGCUUAUUCGCGAAGAAAGAAUACGUUAACGAAGUAUAUCCUGGAUUUCCUAAUAGGCCAUAUGGAUUGUUCAUGGGAGGUGGUGGGAAAUUAUUAGGUGCACAAAUUGUUCAGAUUCUUGUGAUUAUUGGAUGGGUGAGUGUGACAAUGGGACCAUUGUUUUAUCUGUUACAUAAGUUCAAGUUGUUGAGAAUAUCGCGCGAUGAUGAAACAGCAGGAAUGGAUUUAACAAGACAUGGAGGUUUUGCAUAUUUAUACCAUGAUGAAGAUGAAGGUUCUUCAAUGCCUGGAUUCAAGAUGACAAGAAUUGAACCAACUAAUACUCCUACACCUGAUCAUAAUCAUCACAACGCUGCCCAUAGGUCUGUGGUCGUGUAGCCAAAAAAGAAAAUUGAAAGUAAAAUUAGCAUGUACUUAAUUACUAAUGUUCAAUUGGAUGGCCAUAAAAUCGCCCCAUAAUUAAGGAAAUGUCAAAUCUCAAAAGUCUUAGCUGGUUUGCUUUAAUAAUGAGGUAUUAUUGGGGUUUCUUGUUAAGACAAGAUGGCUUUCUUGUAAUAGACUAUAAUAUAUGACAAAAAUUCCCCAAUAGUUUUGACACAAGGUUUGUAGUUAUUUGAGCUUCACUUUCAUUGUAAGGUGUCUUUUUGUUUGUUUGCAGAGUGUGGUCUGUAUUGUUCAAAAAAAAAAAAAAAAUGUAAAUGAAUACUAUAAUAGUAGAUUAUUGGCUGUUUUUUAGCCACUUAUGAUGUUCA